AUGAAAGAGUGGGUCCUUGAGGCGGAAACAGAGUACAGGUUCGAGCUCGAUCCUGGUACCUCCCUAGCAAUCAAGCUGGCUCAUGGACAGGCUGAAGUCUUCGGCGCAGAACUUGCGGAGGGAAAAACUUAUCUUUUCGGGACUGAAUGUAGAGCUGCUGUCUUCACUUGGCAGGGUUGUACUUUGGAGAUGAGCCGCCCCUCCACUGAAUAUGUGUCCGAGGAAACCCCUAUGGCGGCAUAUGCAAAUGUACACAUUGCGUUCGAACAGAUGCGUGUCAGAGCACUCCGUGUUUUGCAUGGGUCUCCUGUUUCAGAUGAUGAUGCGGUUGCCAACACAGAGCCGCCGAGAGUCCUUGUUGUUGGUCCGGAGAACUCGGGAAAGACAACAGUAUGCAAAAUUCUGACAAACUAUGCUGUCAGGGCAGGUCAGAACUGGUCCCCGGUAUUGGUAAACGUCGAUCCGAGUGAGGGUGGUUGGGCGGUUCCCGGAGCAAUCUCCGCCGCUCCAAUUCGCAGUCCUAUAGCUACAGCGUCACCCGCCAAUCCUCUUGGAUCUGCUGCUACAUCAGCUCCUACCGCGCUCUCUUCGAACGCGUUGAUACCGCUAAGCUACUGGUACGGACAUGCAGAAACUAAACGGAACCCAGUUCUGCUAGACCGACUUAUCCGAAAUCUGGGGGAAAAUAUUGGAGAAAGAGAUGACAAUGACCCGGAGGGGCGAGUGUCGGGUUUAAUUGUUGAUACCCCAUCAUCUUUCGCGUCUAGUUCUGGCAGCGCGCCGGACAGCAGGCAUACGCUCAUAAAAGCAUGUGUCGAUGCUUUCAGAAUCAAUAUAAUUCUCGUGGUUGGACACGAAAAGUUGACUGUUGAAAUGCAACGGCUGUUUGGCAGCCGGUUUACAGUGGUCAAGAUACCAAAGUCAGGAGGAGUCGUUGAAUUGGAUCAUAGUUAUCGGGAGCGCGUGCACAAGUACCAGUUGCAUAAUUACAUGUACGGCCAAAAAAUAGACCCACUCCCUGGCAUAACCUCAGCAAUGGUAGGAGGCGAAGCGGACGCAGAUCUCGUCCUUUCGCCAUCCUCGUGCAUCGUCAAAUUUGGGGAUUUGACAAUCUAUCGCAUUGGUGCAGAGAGCAUGGCUCCCUCUUCCGCAUUGCCUAUUGGCGCUGCACGCAUGCUUUCGGAGAUGCAGUCCGUGCUCGUUGAUCCUGCAUCCAGCAGCUCGGGACUUCUUAAUUCCGUUCUCGCCUUGCUUGCACCCUUCCAUCCUGAUGAGUCUGAGCGCUAUGACGAAGAAAUCUUGGACCUGAAUGUGGUCGGUUUCAUUGUUGUCACCAAUAUUGAUGCUCCAAACCGAAAAAUGACGAUACUCGCGCCUAAUCAAGGGUCACUCGUCGGCAAGACAGCCAUUCUGGGGUCCUUUGAUUGGCAGGAAUAA